CGGAAACAAAACGUGCCGCUGGUCGUUUCUUUCCUGUGGGUCACAUUUUACCACAGUUUUGAAGAAAUGGCUGACAUGGAUGAAUUGUUCGGGAGUGAGGGGGAAAGCGACAAUGAUCAGCGAGAAUCUGGCUCUGGCUCUGGUUCAGACUCAGAGCAGGAAAGGCCUCGAUCCGCCAGCAACGCCUCAGGCAGCGGCAGCGACAGUGAGCGAGAACGAGAUGAUGAUGACGAAGACGAAGGCCAGGAGGCAGGAAAACCCAUUAUGAAUAAGGAGCUGUUUGGAGAUGACAGCGAGGAUGAGCAACACAGUCAACACAGCGGCAGCGACAACCAGUCUGAACGGUCAGGGAAUCAGUCAGAUGCCAGCAUAUGUUCGGACCAGGGUGACGUUGAUCAGUCUGAUGCAGAGCAGCACAGUGGCUCAGAGCCUGGCCACCUGGAUGAGGAUGAAGACGAGGAAGAUAGGGGUCACCGGUCAGAUGCAGGGAGCCUGGCUGGCAGUGGGAUGUCUGGAGCAGAAAGCCCUCGCUCUGAGAGGGGCAGCAUCCGCUCAGACAGAAGCGUGCACAGUGAUCCUGGGACUCCACAAUCGGUGCCAGGCACCCCUCACUCUGACGGAGAAGCUUCUGGCAGGGACAACCAGUCCGAUGAUGAGAAGUGGGACAGAGGGGCUAAGAGUGACCAGUCAGAGGAUGAGGAGGAGAAAUGUCAUUAUUCUGACGAAGAAAGAGAGAACUCUGACGACGAAGGGCAGAGAAACAGGAAGUCAGAGUCUGCUAAGGGUAGUGAUAGUGAAGAUGAUUUCAGCAGACAAAAAAACAAAACAAAAGACGCCUCUGAUUCAGAUUCAGACAGUGAUAUCGGAACCAAGAAAACAAAGAAGACUGCAGCGGAUGACCUGUUUGGAGAGGCUGACGACAUCUCUUCAGACAGCGAUGCAGAGAAGCCUCUGACCCCAGGACAGCCCUUGGAUACAGAGGAUGGGAUGGAGGGAGAGCAGGCAGAAGAGGAGCCUGCGCCAGAAACUCGUAUUGAAGUAGAGAUUCCAAAAGUCAGCACAGACCUGGGUUCUGACCUUUAUUUUGUCAAACUGCCUAACUUCCUGUCUGUGGAGCCCAGACCCUUUGAUCCUCAGUACUAUGAGGAUGAAUUUGAGGAUGAAGAAAUGCUGGAUGAAGAGGGACGGACCAGGCUCAAACUAAAGGUGGAGAAUACAAUUCGGUGGAGGGUCAAGAGAGAUGAGGAGGGAAAUGAAACAAGAGAGAGCAAUGCACGCAUUGUCAAAUGGUCAGAUGGCAGCAUGUCCCUCCAUCUAGGGAACGAAGUGUUCGACGUUUACAAAGCUCCUCUCCAGGGAGACCACAACCACCUGUUCAUCCGACAGGGCACUGGACUUCAGGGACAAGCUGUGUUCAAAACGAAACUCACAUUCAGGCCGCACUCCACAGACAGCGCUACCCACAGGAAGAUGACUCUGUCUCUGGCCGAUCGCUGCUCCAAGACACAGAAGAUUAGAAUCCUUCCGAUGGCUGGACGAGAUCCUGAGUCGCAUCGCAACGAAAUGAUCAAGAAAGAGGAGGAGCGGCUACGAGCUUCUAUUCGCAGGGAGUCCCAGCAGAGGAGGAUGAGGGAGAAACAGCACCAGAGAGGCCUGAGCAGCAGCUACCUGGAGCCCGACCGCUACGAUGAUGAGGAGGAGGGCGAAGAGGCAAUCAGUCUGGCAGCCAUCAAGAGCAAAUACAAGGGAGGAGGAGGCCUGAGAGAGGAGCGAGCGAGGAUCUACUCAUCAGAUAGUGAUGAAGGCUCUGAUGAUGAUAAAGCCCAGAGACUGAUGAAGGCCAAGAAGCUAGACAGUGAUGAGGAGGGUGAAGGAUCAGGCAAAAGAAAGGCAGAAGAUGAGGAAGAAAUGUCGACCAAGAAGGCCAAGAAAUAUGUCAUCAGCGACGAAGAGGAGGAGGAGGAGGAGGAGGAAGAUGGCGAAUGAUUCUCUUUUUUUUUCCCCAUGGCACUGUACAUCAGUGCUCAGCCCACAUGACAUACUGUAUAAACAGCCAUGUUUUGUUAUGUAGAUUUUCUUAAAACCUGUGUGUGGGUGAGUGUGUUUGUGUGUGAGACUGUGUGCUUGUUUAUGUUAUGUACAGCAGAGCUGAGAAAUAAAGAAAUUGUUACUUUAUGUUAUCAAAGCUUCUCAAGGGCCCUAAUGCAUGAAUCACAUUGUUGUGAGAUUACGAUGCUUAGUCCCGUGUCCAAACCAAAAGAAGGUUAAUGGGAAAAGUGUUAUAGGUUGAUAAAAAUGAUAUUAGGUACGUGGUGUAGAAGCAGCGGCUGCCAUUUACACUUUUACAUAAUAAAAUGAGACUGCCACAAAGGGACGCAGAAAAGUUCAGGAACAAAACAAGUCCUGAGACAAACUAUACCACAGAAGGACACAAAACAACUGCAAAGAUGCAAAGCUACCACAUCUCUUUCAAUGUGGUUAUUUUGUUCCUAUAAAAGAGUAGGACAGGAGGGAGGGUCUAUCCAUGUUUUCAACCAACUAACUAACACUAGCAUGCUAAUCGACGCCACAUAGGUUUAGGCAGUUAACAUGUUAACGUGAGCUAAUUGUCACUCUCUGCUCUUCUG